AUGGCAGACUCUCUACAUUCCCAGCCCCCGGUGUCAAAAUAUUUCCAAUUGUCUUUCCCCCAACCCGGAGUCAUUUUGGUCACCAUAAACCGGGAGCAGCAGCGGAAUUCGUUACCGUCCGAUGCUCAUUGGGACGGGCACAAUCUCUUCACGUGGUUUGACGAGGAACCGACGCUACUUGUUGCCGUUGUCACCGGCGCCGGAGAGAAGGCAUUCUGCGCUGGACAGGAUCUGGCGGAACAGAAUGCAUCUCGUCGCGGACCUAAGACGGCGGAGCAGAUGGCCGUUAUGAACCAUCCGCCGUCCGGAUUCAUGGGGCUGAGCCAGCGCAGAGGAAAGAAGCCCGUUCUCGCGGCUGUAAAUGGAUUCGCUCUUGGGGGCGGGUUUGAAAUUUGCCUCAAUUGUGAUAUGGUAGUGGCAUCCCCCGAAGCCCAGUUUGGGCUGCCCGAAGUCGCAGUUGGACUUUACGCUGCUGCGGGCGGUCUUCCUCGAGUCAUUCGCAUCGUGGGCCUUCAGCUUGCAUCUGAACUUGCCAUGACUGGAAGACGACUAUCUGCCCAAGAAGCGCUCGAGUGGCGCUUAAUCAAUCGCGUCGCUAAGACUCCGGCAUCCGUUGUUGAGGAAUGCCUGGAUCUGGCUGGUCGCAUCACUAGCUUUUCUCCAGACGGUAUUAUCGUCAGUAGACAAGGGUUGAGAGAAGGAUGGGAGAACCCAAGCGUUGAGCAAGCAACAUCAAGAACGAGACAGGAGUAUGUGAAUAAAUUAGUCGCAGGGGAGAAUUUCAAGAUCGGCGUGGAGGCUUUUGCCCGCAAAACGCGACCGAAAUGGGUUCCGUCGCGUCUGUGA